CAACAACUCCAUUCCCCCUCCUACGAAACGGCCUCUCAGUUUGGCUGCUUGUUGAUCAGAUUCUGCAUUUCCUCGCAGAAUUCUCUCGAUUCCGCUAAACUUAUUCCCUCCUACGCCACACACGCCCAAGAACCACCGCCAAAAUGCAGGCUCCGGUGGUGGUAAUGAACACCAACGCUGGUGACAGACAGGUUGGCCGUAAAGCUCAGCUGUCCAACAUCGCCGCUGCGAAGACCGUUGCCGACAUCAUCCGGUCAUGUCUCGGACCUAAGGCCAUGCUGAAGAUGCUUCUGGAUCCCAUGGGUGGUAUUGUCUUGACGAAUGAUGGACACGCUAUCCUGAGAGAAAUUGAGGUCUCUCACCCCGCCGCAAAGAGCAUGAUCGAACUGAGCCGCACUCAGGACGAGGAGGUCGGAGACGGAACGACGACUGUCAUCAUCCUUGCCGGUGAAAUGCUCGCACAGGCCCUCCCCCAACUCGAACGCAACAUCCACCCCGUUGUCAUCAUCUCCGCCUUCAAGCGUGCUCUGGCCGACGCUCUGUCCAUCGUCGAGGAGGUCUCGAUACCCGUCGACAUCGACGACGACAAGGCCAUGUACACUCUCAUUCAGUCCUCCAUCGGCACGAAGUUCGUCUCUCGGUGGUCCGAGCUCAUGUGCAGCCUCGCCCUGAAAGCUGUCCGGACUGUGUCUUUCGACGCUGGUGGCGGCAAGCGUGAGGUUGACAUCAAGCGCUACGCUCGUAUCGAGAAGAUCCCCGGUGGCCAGAUUGAAGAGAGUGAGGUCAUCGACGGUGUUAUGGUCAACAAGGAUAUUACCCACCCCAAGAUGCGGAGAAGAAUCGAGAACCCCCGCAUUAUCCUGCUCGACUGCCCGUUGGAGUACAAGAAGGGUGAAUCUCAGACGAACAUUGAGAUCACCAAGGAGGAUGACUGGAAUCGUAUCCUGCAGAUUGAGGAGGAGCAGGUGAAGCACAUGUGUGAAGCCAUCCUGGCUCUGAAGCCCGAUGUGGUCAUCACCGAGAAGGGUGUUUCAGAUCUCGCUCAGCACUUCUUGAUGAAGGCCAACGUCACAGCUCUCCGCCGUGUCCGCAAGACGGACAACAACCGUAUCGCCAGAGCCACGGGCGCCACCAUUGUCAACCGUGUUGACGACCUCCAGGAGUCUGAUGUUGGAACCCAGUGUGGCCUGUUCGAGAUUGAGAAGAUCGGCGACGAAUAUUUCACCUUCAUGAGGAAGUGCCAGAGCCCCAAGGCCUGCACGAUCCUUCUCCGCGGUCCCUCCAAGGAUAUCCUGAACGAGAUCGAGCGUAACCUGCAGGACGCUAUGGCCGUUGCCAGGAACGUUAUCUUCCACCCCCGCCUUUCCCCCGGAGGUGGCGCCAUUGAGAUGGCUGUCUCUGUUCGCUUGAGCCAGCUGGCCAAGUCCAUUGAGGGCGUCGAACAAUGGCCUUACAAGGCCGUCGCGGAUGCCAUGGAGGUCAUCCCUCGCACGUUAGCACAGAACGCCGGUGCCAGCCCCAUCCGUGUUCUCACUCGCAUGAGAGCCAAGCAUGUCGAGGGCCACACCACCUGGGGUCUGGAUGGCGACUCCGGUGCCUUGGUUGAUAUGAAAGAGUACGGAGUCUGGGAGCCCGAGGCUGUCAAGCUCCAGAGCAUCAAGACCGCUGUCGAGUCUGCGUGCCUGCUCCUCCGUGUCGACGACAUCUGCAGCGGCAAGUCGGCUCAGCAGGUGGGUGCUCCUGGUGGUGGAGGCGAUGAGUAAAAGGGGACCGGACACAGAAAGUAAAAUUGCGUACAUAAUGCUGCACGAUUAACCUCUGGAAAUUCUGUAUGAAUAUCCUAGACUUCACAAAC